CUCAACAACUCUUUCACUCUCUCUCUCUCCACUGUCCGACAAGUCAUAUACAUGGCAUUUUCCCGGCAUAUAAUCGACGAUAAGACCACCACCGCAACCAUCGCCGUAACUAAGAAGUCCGACAUCCCAACUCCGCCGCCGAACUGCUGCGUCACGUGCCUAGCGAGACUCAUCAGAAAAAUGAAGAAAAAAGGGAAGUUGUUGCUGUCGGUGACGGCGGCUCGGAGACAAGGGAGCUCGUUGCAAUGUCGAUAUGAUCCAAUGAGCUAUUCCCUGAACUUUGACGGAGGCGCGUGUGGUACACUUCCCGAUGAUGAGGAUUAUUUUUUCCGGUUCUAUGCGUUUUCUUCAAGAUACGUUACUAAUAAUGCUAUUAAGAAGAGACCACCACUUCCUCGUGAAACCCUCUCUGCCUCUUCACAUGAAUUCGUGUAAUCUUAUUUGUCAUUUGGU